AAGCUGAUAAAGAGAAGCUGCCUCCCGUCAGUGCCUACGGCAGGAUACGCAUCUGCUACCUCUGUGCCUCGCAUAACUACACACUAUACUAUUCACCCUCGGGACAAAGACAAACGAUGGGAAGGAGUCAACAUGGAAAGGUUUGCAGAGGAAGCCGAUGUUGUCGUAGUCGGAGGGGGCCCUGCGGGUCUCUCUGCAGCUAUUCGGCUCAAGCAGUUAGCCACGGAGCACGGCAAAGAAAUACGUGUUUGUCUGGUGGAAAAAGCCUCCCAGAUUGGAGCGCACACCCUUUCCGGUGCCUGUCUGGAGCCACGGGCCUUAGAAGAACUUUUUCCAGAUUGGAAGGAGCGGGGGGCUCCACUUAAUACUCCUGUAACUGAAGACAAGUUUGGAAUUUUAACAAAGAAAUAUAGAAUUCCAGUGCCAAUGCUCCCAGGACUUCCGAUGGUUAAUCAUGGCAAUUACAUAGUGCGGCUGGGACACCUCGUCGCGUGGUUGGGCGAGCAGGCGGAGGCCCUGGGGGUUGAGGUGUACCCAGGCUACGCAGCUGCUGAGGUUCUUUUUCAUGAAGAUGGUAGUGUGAAAGGGAUUGCAACUAAUGAUGUAGGCAUUCAGAAGGAUGGAGCACCUAAAGCUACUUUUGAAAGAGGCCUGGAACUCCAUGCUAAGGUCACAAUCUUUGCUGAAGGUUGCCAUGGACAUCUAGCCAAACAGCUGUACAAGAAAUACAACCUGAGGGAGAACUGUCAACCCCAGAGCUAUGGCAUUGGCUUGAAAGAGUUAUGGACUAUUGAUGAAAAGAAGUGGAAACCAGGAAGAAUAGAACAUACUGUCGGCUGGCCCUUAGACAGACAUACUUAUGGAGGAUCCUUUCUUUAUCACUUAAAUGAGGGUGAACCUUUAGUUGCUCUUGGGUUUGUGGUUGGCUUAGAUUAUCAAAAUCCCUAUUUGAAUCCAUUUAGGGAGUUUCAGAGGUGGAAGCACCAUCCCAGUGUACAGCCGACUUUGGAGGGUGGAAAAAGGAUUGCCUAUGGUGCCAGAGCUUUGAAUGAAGGUGGUUUUCAG